GGGGUAUCCCAUAGGGCCUAGCCAGUCGCCAUGGGCAGUCGAGCGGCAGAGGAACCCAUUCCCGAUCUUAAUCCGGCCAACCUUACCCUAGAGGAGAGCCUGGGAUUGGGCCAGGAAUACGAAUGGGACUGGAGUGGCACUCUGGUCCAGAGCUGGGAGUCCCUGCUGCUGAUCCUGACCACCUUCUGGUGCAUCCUCCUGGCCAGAGUGGUGACACAAAGGCUGCGUCUCCAUGGCUCCCCCAAUCUCUGCUAUGCGGUGGAGUUCGCCCUGGUCAUCCUGCCCUGCAUUCUGCUCGUUACAGUAGCCGUGGACUAUAGCUGCUACAUUGGACUGGUGAUCUUCGUGGUGACCUUGUGGUUGCUACGGAGGAGUAGGGCCUUGGAACUGGCUCGAACUCGCAGCCAGUUCGAUUUGGGUGGCAAUCGACCCAUGGCCCUGUCCGUUCUGCGUGCCCUCACCCACCUGAUCACCGCCAUCUGCAUUCUGGCCAUUGACUUUGGCAGCUUCUAUAGACCCUAUCGUAAGAGCAGGCAGUAUGGAGCCAAGCUAAUGGAUACUGGCAUUGGUCUGUUCGUAUUCACCAUGGCCAUGGUGUCCCGGAGGUCCAGGCACUUGUCGGAUCUCCGGAGGAGUGUGACAUACUCAGCCAUGCCUCUGAUCCUCUUGGGAUUGGCUCGCACUGUGGCCAUUUUGACACUGGGCUAUGGGCAGGAUGCUCACGAGUACGGGCAGCAUCUGAAUGCCUUCUUUACCCUGGGAUUUACCAAGUUCCUGGGAGCUCUGGUCAGUCUUCUGGCUCGCAAGGACCUGCAUUUGCUGCCUCUGGGAUUAGGUCUCUUGCUGAUCCACCAGUUUGGUCUGAGUUUCCUGGGCAUCUCCGACUAUGUGAUGAAUGAGGAUGUGGAGCGCUUAAAUCUAUUCAAUGCGAAUCGCGAGGGUCUAGUCUCCUUGCCAGGAUUUGUGGCUUUGUACUUGCUGUCCAUGUAUGUGAAUCGCUGGAUGGUGGCCUCCAGUCUGCUCAGCUACUGCGAGUUGGUCAGGAAGCUGCGGCGUCUCUUCUAUCUGGUGCUGAUCCUCUGGAGCUUGUUCGUCAUCUGUGCCUACGCAAUAGGAAUCUCCCGAGUGAUCUGCAAUCUUGGCUAUGUCAUAUGGAUGCUGGCCAUCGGGUGCACCACUUUGUGGUCCAGCUUUGGAGCCAUAGACUUUGUGAUCAACAGUGUGAUGCCUUGGGAAGCGAGUCCCUCAGAGGAUCAGGAGAAGGGUAUGCUGACAGGAGAUUCUCCGGCCAAGGGAAGGGAUAGGUCCAUCGUUCCAUUUACCAUCAAUCAGGCCCUCAACCAAAACGGAUUGACUUUCUUUCUGGUGGCCAAUGUAUUAACCGGUGGGGUGAACAUAUUUCUCAAGCCAGAAGAUCGCUCCAACUUUGAGUCCGUGAUCAUCCUGCUAGUCUACAUGUUCCUGGGCACUAAAAUGGCCCACGAAUUGCUGAAGAGGGGAAUUCGAUUGGCCUAAUAUGCACUUUGU